CAUUUCUGUUUCACUGACGUACCGUUUAAGAUCAUUCCGGACAACACAUCGAGCAGCGCAGAAUCAAUAACAUCUUUAACUUCCCAAUUGAUCAUUGUUCCAGCUUUACAUUUUAUUGUGACAAUAAUUUCUAAUUAGGUUAAAAAUGAACGGAAAAAUCAAGAAUCUGAGUGAUCGACAGCAUUUUUGGAAAGUACUUUUUGAAACCAAACAAUUGGCUGCCCAGCUGGCCUCCUUGGCAACGAAUCACGUUGAUGGCAUCACCUACGAUGACAUACCCCAGUACGGAAAAGUGCACGUCGUGGCUCAAUCUGGUUCAAAUUUAGGUGACAAUUUCCAGAGCGAUACGUUCAUUGUAACUGCCCGGCUAUUGCUAGGCCAACACGAAGAGGCAAUCGACGUCUUGAGUACUUUCAUUAAGGUGCUGCCAUCUAAUUUCUUGCUUCGUAAAUCGGCUUACGAGUCUCGCGUUCAUCACCGUGAGAUCAACAUGUACCAUCACUUCUUCGCUCUGCUGCGAGAACUGCAUGCCGAUCAGCCGAUUCCAUUAGAUGUUCCAGACUGUUACUACACCCAUCUGGAACAGGUUGUCAAGGGCGAGACGGACGGAUCGGGUACUUGCAUUCUACUUGAGGAUCUCAAAUCAGAGAAUUAUCGCAUGGCAGAUAAAAUACGAGGUGCCGAUUAUCGCCACUGUCACAUGGCAUUGACGUCAUUGGCUCAUUAUCACGCCUUGACUCUGAACGCUGUGAGAAAAUGGAAAGAUCCGUCCACGGGAGAAUUGUCCAAUAUGCCACCUGUGGCGAAAUUCAUUUUGGAAGAGAAAUCCAUGUAUGACGUAGGAAUCAUUAAAAUCCUUCAAGACUUUUCCAUCUCGAUCGUCAAUUUCGCCAAAGAAAUAGACAGACCUGAUGUAGUUGAAUGGUUGAUAAACAUACAGCAACGAAUACCGGAAAUCGUUUUAGUCGAUAAUCUCGAGAGCAGUGGUCCAUUGGCUUGCAUUCUUCAUGGGGAUUUUUGGAACAACAAUAUGCUCUUCAGAUACGCAGACCAGACGUAUCAAAUUGAAAAGGAAGAUGGGACAAAGAACGAGAAUGCACCAGCAGACAUUCCUGUUUCAUUGAGAAUGCUCGAUUUUCAACUAUCGAGGAUCGGCCACCCACUCAGUGACGUCCUUUACUUCAUGUACACGAGUACAAUGCCGGAGUUGAGAGAGCGAUACAUGCUCGUCUUGCUUCGUUAUUAUUUUGAUACUUUGACGACCGAUCUGAGGUUGCUCGGCAUUUCGUUGGACAACUACAGCUGGCAAAACUUUCUAGAGGAUUACAAGAAAAGGUCGUUAAUGUGGAUGUUGAUAGGCGUCAUGAUCGUUUCCAUGACCCAAAAUAAGAAGGUUGUGACCAGUUUACAAGAUAUGGAUGCAGACGAACAACUAAAAGAGCCAAAACCAGUGAACGAAGAGACGGAUGUGGAACCAGUUAAGGGUGAAAGUGGAAUGAGCCUCGAAAUGGAGGAAACUUACAAGAACAUGAUGGCGACGUAUGUACUGAGUGAUAGUCCGGCUCUGUCCGAUCGAAUUCUUAAACUUAUCCUGGAGGCUAUGGCCUUAAAUUGCUCUUAAACUGUAGUACCUUAAAUUGUUCAUCUUUUCCUGUAUCUUCAAGGUUUUCCACCAUUUUGCCUAUUAAAGGUUGAAUAAGAUGUGCUAAUUGUAGACACACUUCGCAACAUAGUAAAAGACAAAACGAAUACAAGAUGGCGUUCUAUGUUUUCCGU